AUGCCACCCAAAGCCGCGCGGAGCGGCCACGACGACUCUAAAGCCGACUCGACGGCUGCAAAAGAGAAGAACGUUGGCGGCGCCGGCUCCAAUGGCAAGAUGCGCCGGGUAGCUAGCAGCCAGGGCGCCAGCCUGCGCGAGGUCGCCAGCGCAAAUGCUGCCAACGCUGCUGCUGCUGCUGCUGCUGCGGCGGCUGCGGCGGCGGCGUCCGCUGCGGCCACGGCCAGUGCUUCUACCAAUGCAAAUGGCAAUCAGGAGAAUAACGUUCCUGGGCUCCAGUGGCCCGCCUUCGAGCGAGACGUCCUGCACGCUUACCGCCGGGCAUAUCGACUCAAGACGCCGACCUCCUUCGUGAGCGACGUCCACCAGUGGGUGCUCACACAACCCGGCAGCAUCGGGCUGUACUCGCCGACGAUCGCGCGGCGCAAGGAGUUCCGCCGGCAGACCAGCGACCAGCUCAACGCCGCCGUGAGAAAGCACUUCAACGCCAUGGGCUUGCAGGAGAAUGAUGUGAUUGUCGAGUUCCUGCACAAGGUCCGCAAGGAGCACAUGAAGGUCCGCAGGCGACGCUUCUUGUACAUGCCCCGUGACCGGGAUUACUAG